AUGGAGAAGGCAAGGAAGGAAUUGAAGAAUUUUCUGAGUAGGAGCCAACCCAGUAGCAGCGAUGAGGUUUCUGCUGAUGUCCCUACUCCAGGAGUCUCCAGUACCUCACUGGGUGCUUCUGCUGCCCCCUAUGCGUCUCAGUCUUUGGUGAGCCAGGCGASCCUGGAGCCACACACCCCUAAAGUCACAAAAUUCAAGAUACCUUCGCACUUAAGCAGUGUGCUGGAUAAGGAAGUGGCUGGACCAUCCACUGAGACCAUCAYUGAGUCAGAUUUCCCUGAUCAGUCAUUUAAGCCCAAAGUGCAGAUGCCUUUCAAACGUGCUCCAGGGCAAAACCCUCGGAAGGUUGAAGUAGAGAGGCGGAGACGGCUGUACCUCAGUUUUGAUAUUGCUGAGCUCUUAGCCAGCAAGGGGAUAGACUCCAAUCAGCUGAUGCCAAGGCACUAUGACCCUGACAAUAUCCCACCCAUUGAGGAGACAAAAGAUUCUGUCUUCCCCAUCUACCUCCCACUAAAUGUGUUCGACAAUGAUGAGUUUGACUGUMGAACUCCCGAAGAGUGGAUCUCACUAGGACUGGAGCCAGGAUCUUCUGAUAGAAAGCCAGUGCCUGGAAAAGCACUUUUACCUACAGAUGAUGUACUUGGACAUGAGGACCCCAAAAACCAGGAGYUGAUCUAUGAGUGGAUUGAUGUUGGUGUUCUGGAUUAUGACAAGGAGACAGAGCUCUACUUGGUCCAUAAAACAGACAGCAAAGGUCUGGUGCGCGAUGAAGAAGGGAAACCCAUCCUCAAUGGAGGAAUAACUCCAGAAGGUGUUGAGAGACGACCKCCGUUGCUGCCAUGUCAGUACUGGGUGCCUCGAGUUUGCCUGCAGUUCCUGGCCGAGGAUCCRCAGGUGUUUGCGGAGCGCGUGGCCUCUGCUGAGAACCUGCGUAAGAAGACACACGGGCUGCUCAUGUACCACUUGUAYGUGGACUGCAUGCCCACAGAGGGGCCAGAUACCAUCAAUGAGAAAAGCCUGCAGAGGAUGAAGCGCUUGGCUAURCAUACUCCAAACUAUGCUAUGCCCAAACUGAAGGAUGAGAAGAGCGUGUUAGACUAUAUGGGCAGCCUGGAGAAAGAAGUGAAAUUAGACUAUAAACACACCAUGAACAGGAUCAGCUUUGACAGAGUUAUCGCUUCCAAACCCCAGAUGUUUUCUUACGUCACMCUGCCAGACAAAGUGGAGAAGGAAGUACCAGAGAAAGGGCUCGUCUCUACACCAGACUAUCCUUUUGGUAAACAACGGAGAGAAUUCAAAUCUUUCUCACUCCUGACCACGCCAGAAGUCAUUUAUCUCCUUGCACAGGUGCAAGAUGAGUGCAACAAAGUAGUUGCCAUGUCUCUGUUUAACACAACCGUAACGAAACUCUCCUCUAUGGAGGAGUUUGAAGAGAUCCAGACUGAGGCCUUCACUCAGGUUCAGGAAUUUCUCAAGGAUACUUGGAUCGACACCAUAAAGACUGCAAUUAAGAGCAGCCUUAAAGAUGUAGGCAAAGGUUUCGACCUGGAGCAGAGUGACUGGGAUGCCUACCAGAGGACCAAGCUGCGUAAGCUGAUGGAGCGCAUCAGGUUCAUGCUUCAGGACUCUCUGCGGUACCUGGUCCAGAAAUCKCUCAGCAGCUUCACCCACUUUAUCCUGGAUGCUUGCCAGUGUAUCCUGGAUUGCCCAGASGACAUGGAAUGGGGAAGUGACAUCACCAGCAGUCCCUACAUCCCUCAAAGGAAUCCACUCUUUGUAACAGACAUUAAGAUAGACAUGAGUGGCAUCCUCUUCAGGCCCUCUGUGGAGAACUUUGAGWCAUCCCUCAUUUCACUGUUCGACGGGGGAAUCCUGGCAACUCACAAUAUCCCACAGCUGGAGCAGUAUGUGUUAGAGAACAUGGAUAUCCCAGACACCCAUGUCCUGGAAUCAGUGGAUUUGCAGGAGCCAGAAGUGAGAGAGCUACGUGAGGCUCUGCGCUCUGCCAUUCAAAAGACUCAGAUCCCUCUCCAAGCCUACGGCAAGAAAUACGAGAAGUUCUUAGAGAUAAAUAAUAAUGACAUCGAGUACUUCCUAAAAGACUAUGAAGAGCAAUUUCCACCUACCGAGGAGGUGACAAAGAUAGUAGAGACAUACUUGUCUGAAAAGGAUGUCCUGGACCACCUUCUACCUAGUUCUAUUAUCAUUGGCCCCUUUCAAGUCAGGAUAGAACAUAUUAGGCUUAAUCUGUCUGAUAAACACAAAGCACUUGCCACUUCCAUGYUGGACAUGCUGGCUAAAAACCUCCAUUCGCAGGUGCAGAAAAUCUGUGAAGCAUAUGAAGCCAUCAGCAUCAAAAUGCAUGAGAGACCAAACAACAUUGAGGAGCUGACCGAGCUGCGGGACUGGCUGAAGGGAGUGCCUGAGCAGCUGGCGAUGCAGGAGCAACUGAUUGAGGAAGUCAUGGAAGAUUACAAGGUCAUGGAGGAAUUCCUUUACAAUCUUACUGAAGAAGAUUUCACUGACAAGUGGACUGCCAGUUAUUGGCCAGCAAAAAUGUCUAUGGACUCAGAGACCAUUCGGCUUCAGCACAUAGAGGAUGAAGACAGAUUUCGCAAAGCGCAGAUUUUGGAUCAGAAGGCAUUUCAAGAAAAACUUGAUGAUAUGCAGCUGACUGUAGGUGGAUUUUCUGUCCAGUCAGAUGUUAACCAAGCCCAUGAGACGGCUGAUGAUGCAAGGGAUGUCCGGAAGCAGCUGAAGGAGCUUCAGGAUUUGGCAGCUCUUUACAACAACAGGGAAAGACUUUUUGGCAUCAGAGUUACUGAUUACAGUGUGCUGUCCAAGAUGCUUAAGGAGUUCCAGCCAUACUAUGAUCUGUGGACUACAGUGUCAGACUGGAUAAAGUGGAAUGAGAGCUGGAUGAAUGAUUCUCUCCUUAAAAUUGAAGCUGAGGAGCUAGAAAGGAAYGUCACCGACUCUGUUAAGACAAUGCAGAGAUGUGUGAAGCAGUUCAAGGAUUCACCAGACUGYCAGAAUGUCGCGAUGGAAUUCCGAGACAAGAUGGAUGAUUUCAAACAAUACGUGCCCUUGAUUCAGGGUCUGCGCAAUCCUGGGAUGAGGGACCGGCACUGGAAGAUGCUGUCGGACCAGGUUCAGGCCGGUGUCGAGCUGGAACCCAGUAUGACAUUUGGUCACUGCUUGGAAUUGAAACUGCAGGACCACAUGGAGAGUAUUCUCAAAGUAGCUGAGACAGCCAGCAAGGAAUACGCUAUUGAAAGUGCACUCAACAAGAUAGAGAGUGAAUGGAAAUCUGUUUUAUUUGUUGUGGUGCUUUACAAAGARACAAAAACCUAUAUUCUGAAAAGCACCGAUGACAUUUCUCAGCUGCUAGAUGAUCAUAUUGUCCUGGUUCAGAGCAUGUCUUUCUCACCCUUCAAGAAACCUUUUGAAGAAAGGAUGAACUUGUGGGAAAGUAAGCUGAAGAUGACACAGGAUGUCCUAGAGGAGUGGCUGAACUGUCAGCGCUCUUGGCUCUACUUGGAGCCAAUCUUUAGCUCAGAGGACAUCAAAAGACAGCUGCCAGUGGAAAGCCAGCGCUACAAUGUCGUGGAUAAGGAUUGGAGGCAUAUAAUGAAGAAGGCUAAUGCAAACCCUGAGGUGAUUUCUUUGUGCCCUAAUCCAGAYCUACUGGAGAAGCUGCAAAAUUGUAACCAACUACUUGAACUCGUUCAGAAAGGGCUGAGUGAAUAUCUGGAGACAAAGAGAAGCGCUUUUCCCAGGUUCUACUUCCUUUCAGAUGAUGAGCUGCUGGAAAUACUGUCUCAGACAAAAGACCCCACUGCUGUACAACCUCACCUCCACAAGUGCUUUGAGAACAUUGCACUGCUGAAAUUCCAGGAAGACCUACAGAUCACACACAUGUACUCUUCUGAUGGAGAAGAGGUGCAGCUGUUUACUGCCAUCUAUCCCAGUCAGAAUGUGGAGGACUGGCUGCUGGAAGUGGAGAAAUCCAUGAAGGCCAGUGUUCGGGACAACAUAGAAAGAUCAAUUGGUGUUUAUCCAGAGACUCCGCGUCCCUCAUGGGUCUUGCAAUGGCCUGGCCAAGUGGUCAUUGCUGGCUGCCAGAUUUUCUGGACAAAGGAAGUGUCUGAAGCUCUGGAAGCUGGAGAUUUGUCCAGCAGGCUUUACCCACAGCUGAGUACUCAGCUGGGAGAUUUGGUAGCCCUGGUCCGUGGCAGACUGUCCAGGAUGCAGCGAGCAGUGUUGUCAGCUCUUAUUGUGAUCGAGGUCCAUGCCAAGGAUGUGGCAGCAARGCUGAUUGAGGAGAAUGUAACGAGCAUGAAUGAUUUUGAGUGGAUCUCCCAGCUCAGGUACUACUGGACAAAGGACGACCUGUACAUCAGAGCAGUCAAUGCUGAGUUUAUCUAUGGCUAUGAGUACCUGGGGAACACUGGCCGUCUGGUUAUCACACCCCUCACUGACAGGUGUUAUCUGACACUUACAGGAGCUCUGCACCUGAAAUUUGGAGGAGCACCUGCAGGACCAGCAGGAACAGGCAAAACAGAAACAACAAAAGACCUGGGCAAAGCACUGGCAAUCCAAACUGUAGUGUUCAACUGCUCUGACCAACUUGACUUUAUGGCAAUGGGCAAGUUUUUUAAGGGACUAGCCAGCUCUGGUGCCUGGGCUUGCUUCGAUGAGUUCAACCGCAUUGAUAUCGAGGUGCUGUCUGUGGUGGCCCAGCAAAUCACAACCAUACAGAAAGCACAGCAGCAGAGGGUGGAAACAUUCAUAUUUGAAGGCACAGAGAUCCCACUGGUCCCAUCCUGUGCUGUCUUCAUCACAAUGAACCCAGGGUAUGCUGGGCGCACUGAACUGCCCGAUAACCUGAAGGCUCUCUUUCGUCCYGUGGCUAUGAUGGUCCCAGAUUACUCCAUGAUUGCUGAGAUCUCACUCUACUCCUUUGGGUUUAAUGAAGCUAAAGUCCUUGCAAAGAAGAUCACCACAACAUUCAAACUAUUGUCAGAACAGCUCAGCUCCCAGGACCACUAUGACUUUGGGAUGAGAGCUGUGAAGACUGUCAUCUCAACAGCUGGUAAUCUCAAAAGAGAGAAUCCYGAUAUGGAUGAGGAGCUGAUCUGCUUGCGAGCUAUUAGGGAUGCCAACGUACCCAAAUUCCUGCAGGAUGACCUCAAGCUCUUCAAUGGUAUUGUCUCAGAUUUAUUUCCAAAUAUCAGAGAAUCACCUGUUGAUUAUGGCAUCCUGGAAGAAGCCAUCCGCAAAUCCUGCAUCGAUGCGAACCUGAAGGAUGUUGAUGGUUUUGUGACUAAGUGCAUCCAGCUGUACGAGACCACCGUGGUUCGUCACGGCCUUAUGCUGGUGGGACCAACAGGUUCUGGGAAGACUAAGAGUUACGAAGUCCUGGCAGCUGCAAUGACAUCACUGAAAGGUCAGCCUGCAGCCAGUGGUGGGAAUUACGAAGAAGUCCGCUACUAUGUACUGAAUCCCAAAUCCAUCACAAUGGGCCAGCUUUAUGGAGAGUUCAACUUGCUAACGCAUGAGUGGACAGAUGGGAUUUUUUCCACACUCAUGCGUCGGGGAACUGUGGACGCUGGCACCUACAAGAAGUGGUACAUGUUUGAUGGGCCAGUUGAUGCUUUGUGGAUUGAGAACAUGAACACAGUGCUUGAUGACAAUAAGAAGCUGUGCCUCAGCUCGGGGGAAAUCAUCAAGAUGACAGAGAGCAUGACCAUGAUGUUUGAAGUCCAGGAUCUGGCUGUUGCUUCCCCUGCCACAGUCUCCCGCUGUGGCAUGGUUUACCUGGAACCCAGCAUUUUGGGGCUGGAGCCCUUYGUUCAAUGCUGGCUGAAAAACAUGCCAGAAGUCAUGCAGCGCUUUGCACAGCAGCUGGCAUCUCUCUUCAGGAGAUUCCUCCACGAGGCCAUUGACUUUUUGCGAAGCUCUGUGAAGGAGGUAAUUGCCUCAACGGACAGUAAUCUCACAAGGAGCUUCCUCGUGCUCUUGGAAUGUUUGUAUCAGCCUUUCGUUCCCAUUAAGGGACUUAAGACGAUUCCCCGUGAGAAGAUUGCUCGUAUGGGAGAGCUGAUUGAACCUUGGUUUAUAUUUGCCUUGAUCUGGAGUGUGGGUGCUACUGGGGAUGCCGCAGGUCGUGAGGCCUUCAGCGCAUGGGUCAGGCAGAAGAUGUCAAAGGAAAGGAUGCGGUUACUUUUCCCAGAAGAAGGACUGGUUUAUGACUACAGACUGGAUGAUGCUGGGCUCAGCAGUAUUGAGGAAGAUUUUGAUGAGGAAGACGUUAGAGAGGUGCACUGGGAGGUGUGGCUGGAUGCUACAGCGGAGUUCACCAUGGUUCCAGACACCAACUUCUGUGACAUUAUUGUGCCCACGAUAAACACAGUCCGAAUGGCCUAUCUGCUGGAGCUGUUGCUCACUAACUAUAAGCCAAUUCUCUGCGUUGGUCCCACUGGCACAGGGAAGACUCUCACAAUUGCAGACAAGCUUUUGAAGAACUUGCCUAACAAAUACAUCACCCACUUCCUGAUGUUUUCAGCACGCACCUCUGCUAACCAAACCCAGGACCUCAUCGACAGCAAACUGGAUAAGAGGCGGAAGGGAGUGUUCGGGCCUCCAGUUGGUCGGUAUUUCAUCUUUUUCAUUGAUGACUUGAACAUGCCCGUGCUGGAGCAGUACGGAGCUCAGCCACCCAUCGAGCUGCUGCGGCAGUUCAUGGAUCACCAGGGCUGGUAUGACCGCAAGCAGAUCGGUACUUUUAAGAAGCUGGUAGAUAUUAAUUUUGUCUGUGCCAUGGGACCUCCUGGAGGAGGAAGGAAUCCUGUCACUCCACGCCUCACUCGCCAUUUCAACUACCUCUCCUUCACUGAGAUGGAUGAAAGCAGCAAGAAGACAAUCUUCUCCACCAUCCUUGGCAGCUGGAUGGAUGGACUCCUAGGAGAAAAAAGUCACAGAAGUCCAGUGCCGGGAGCAGAUGCAGUAAAAGACUUAAACGAGCCCUUAGUCGAUGCCACAAUCUCCGUGUAUUUGACCAUCACAUCCCAGCUGCUGCCCACACCAGCGAAGUCACAUUACACUUUCAACCUGAGAGACCUCUCAAAGGUGUUCCAGGGCAUGCUCAUGGCUGAGCCCAGCACAGUCCAGAGCAAAGAGCAGCUGCUGAGACUGUGGUACCAUGAAAGCUGCCGGGUCUUCCGUGAUCGCUUGGUCAGCGAUGAGGACCGGACCUGGUUUGACAAGCUAAUGGAGGAGAAGAUGGAGGACUUUGGCACCACUUUUGAGGUGGUCAUUCCCACCCAGCCAGUUCUGUUUGGAGAUUUCAUGGAUCCAGGUGCCGAUGUCAAAGUAUACCAAGAAAUCACCAGCCAGGAUAAGCUGAAGCUUGUGAUUGAGGAAUACCUGGAGGAGUACAAUCAAAGCAACACCCCAGAGCUGAAGCUUGUGCUUUUCAUGGAUGCGAUACAGCACAUCUGCCGAAUCAGCCGSAUCCUGCGGCAGGCUCCGGGGAAUGCUCUUCUCCUGGGUGUUGGGGGGAGUGGGAGACAGUCUCUCACCAGACUGGCAUCUCACAUGGCAGAAAAUGAAUGUUUCCAGAUUGAACUGUCCAAAAAUUAUGGCAUGAUUGAAUGGCGAGAUGAUGUGAGGAAGAUCAUGAUGAAGGCAGGCCUUCAGAGUCUACCCAAGACRUUCCUAUUUGUAGACACUCAGAUUAAAAGUGAAUCCUUCCUCGAAGAUAUCAACAACUUGCUUAACUCUGGUGACAUUCCUAACAUUUACAAUCCUGAGGAUGAAGACCAGAUCCUGACUGCUAUGAAGCCUAUUGUUCGAGAUCUAGGGCAGCAGCCCACCAAGGCCAACCUGAUGGCUGCAUACACAGCACGGGUUCGCAGCAAUAUCCACAUGGUCCUGUGCAUGAGCCCGAUUGGAGAAGUGUUCCGUGCACGCUUGAGGCAGUUCCCCUCACUUGUGAACUGCUGUACCAUUGACUGGUUCAAUGAGUGGCCUGCUGAAGCCUUGCAGAAUGUUGCCUCCUCCAUCCUGGGUGAAAUCCCACUUCUUGGUAGCGGUAAUGAAGAUUUCGAAGGGAUGAUUCAAGUAUGUGUAGCAAUCCACCAGAGUGUGGCAAAGAAGUGCCAAUUGUUCCUAGCAGARCUGGGCAGACACAAUUACAUCACUCCCAAAAGCUACCUGGAGUUCCUCAACAUCUUCAGUUCCCUCAUUGGAAAGAAGCAACAGGAUCUGAAGACAGCCAAGAACAGAAUGCAGGGUGGCCUGGACAAGCUCCUGCGAACAGCAGAGGAUGUAGCAAAGAUGCAGGAGGAGUUGGAGUCCUCCCGCCCUCUCCUGGCACAGGCAGCCAAGGACACCGAGGCAACCAUAGAACAGCUGAAGGUGGACACAGCUGUGGCUGAAAAGACAAGAAGUGCUGUGCAGGCUGAGGAGAUGAAGGCCAAUGAGAAAGCUCAGAAAGCCCAAGCCAUUGCAGACGAUGCUCAGAAGGACUUGGCUGAAGCCCUUCCAGCCCUGGAUGCUGCUCUUGCCAGCCUGAAGAACCUCAACAGAAAUGAUGUUACAGAGGUACGAGCCCUACAGCGGCCUCCUCCUGGUGUGAAGAUUGUGAUUGAAGCUGUCUGCAUUAUGCAUGGGAAAAAGCCCAAAAAGGUGGCAGGAGAAAAGAUAGGCACCAAGGUGGAUGAUUACUGGGAGCCAGGCAGGGCCCUUCUCCAGGACCCAGUGCAGUUCCUGUCCAGCCUGUACGAUUAUGAUAAGGACAAUAUUCCAGACAGUGUGAUCAAGGCUAUCCAGCCCUACAUUGACAACGAGGAGUUCCAGCCAGCUGCCAUCGCCAAGGUCUCCAAAGCCUGUACCUCCAUCUGCCAGUGGGUGCGCGCCAUGCACAAGUACCACUUUGUGUCCAAGGUCGUGGAGCCCAAGCGGCAAGCCUUCCGGGAGGCAGAGGCGGACCUGCGUGCCACUCAGAAGGUCCUUGAUGAAGCUAAGCAACGCCUGAAGGCGGUUGAAGAUGGCAUUGCCAUGCUGCAAGCCAAGUACGAGGCCUGCAAAGCCAACAAGGAGGAGCUGGAGAUGAAGUGUGAGCAGUGUCUGCAGAGAUUGGCCCGUGCCGAUGUGCUCAUCAAUAGCCUGGCUGAUGAGAAGGUGCGCUGGCAGGACACUGUGGAGAGCCUGGAUGACAAGAUCAAAAACAGCUCUGGGGAUGUGCUGGUUGCUGCUGGCUUUGUGGCCUACCUGGGCCCUUUCACAGGAGACUACCGUCAGGCACUGUCCACAGAGUGGAUGAAGGAUCUCUCUGAAAACAACAUUCCUCACAGCAAGGAGGCAACCCUCAUCAGCACCCUUGGAGACCCUGUGGAAAUCCGCUCCUGGCAGAUUGCUGGUUUACCCAAUGAUGCCCUGUCUGUGGAAAAUGGAGUAAUAACCCGAUACUCUCUGCGCUGGAAUCACUACAUAGACCCACAGGGACAAGCAAACAAGUGGAUCAAGAAUCUGGAGAGGGAGAACAGCCUGGAGGUGGCCAAGCUGAGUGACCGGGACUUYCUCUCCACUCUGGAAAACACCAUUACCUUUGGGAAGCCCUUCCUGCUGGAGAACGUGGGCGAGGAGCUGGAUCCAGUCCUUGAGCCUGUCCUGCUGAAAGAGACCUUCAAACAGCAAGGCAACACCGUGAUGAAGCUGGGCGAUACAGUGAUCCCCUACCAUGAGGAUUUCAAGAUGUACAUCACCACCAAACUGCCCAACCCUCACUACAGCCCUGAGGUCUCCACAAAGCUCACCCUCAUCAACUUCACCCUCUCACCCAGUGGCUUGGAAGACCAGCUGUUGGGAGAAGUGGUGGCUGCAGAGCGACCUGACUUGGAAGAAGAUAGAAACCAGCUAAUUAUUAGCAAUGCCCAGAUGCGUCAGGAACUGAAGGAGAUAGAAGACCAGAUCUUGUAUCGACUCAGCACUUCUGAAGGAAACCCUGUAGAUGACUUAGAGCUCAUCAAAGUGUUGGAGGCAUCCAAGCUGAAGGCAGGAGAGAUCCAGGCCAAGGUCGCRGUGGCAGAGCAGACAGAGAAGGACAUCAACAUCACCCGCAUGGAGUAUGUGCCCGUGGCUGUCCGCUCGCAGAUCCUCUAYUUCUGUGUCUCAGACCUGUCCAACGUGGACCCCAUGUACCAGUAUUCWCUCGAGUGGUUCCUCAACAUCUUCCUCUUGGGGAUCCGUAACUCUGAGAAAGCAGAGGUGCUGUCAGAGCGGGUGGAGAACAUCAACAACUACAUCACCUUCAGCCUCUACUGCAACGUGUGCCGCAGCCUCUUYGAGAAGCACAAGCUCAUGUUUGCCUUCCUCGUCAGCGUCCGCAUUCUGAUGAAUGAGGGSCAGAUCGAUAUGGAUGAGUGGCGGUACCUGCUGUCAGGAGGGGCCAUAAAGGAGAUGAAGGACAACCCAGCUCCAUCCUGGCUAAACGAGAGAGCAUGGGGAGACAUCCUGGCUUUGAGCUGCCUGAAGAAUUUCUCCAACUUUGACAACGAUUUUGCAGCCAACCUWGAAGGGUUCAGGACCAUUUUUGACAGCCCCAGCCCUCACAGAGAACUUCUGCCUGGGAAGUGGGAAGAUGGGCUUGAUGCYUUCCAGAAGCUGCUGGUUCUGCGGUGUCUGCGUGGAGACAAGAUCACCAACGCCAUGCAGGACUUCGUGGUGCUGAAACUGGAUCAGCGCUUCAUUGAGCCACAGACCACUGACCUCUCAGUCGUGUUUAAAGAUUCCACUGCUUUGACCCCCCUGGUGUUCGUGCUGUCCCCGGGYACUGACCCCGCUGCUGACCUCUACAAGUUUGCUGAAGAAAUGAAGUUCACACAAAAGCUCUCCGCCAUUUCUCUGGGCCAAGGACAGGGCCCCCGUGCUGAAGCCAUGUUGCACAAUGCCAUGGAGCAGGGCAACUGGGUCUUCUUCCAGAACUGCCACCUGGCCCCCAGCUGGAUGCCCUCACUGGAGAGACUCAUYGAGAGCAUUGACCCCGGCAAGGUGCAUCCAGACUUUCGCCUCUGGCUCACCAGUCUACCCAGCAACCACUUCCCUGUGUCCAUUCUCCAGAAUGGCUCCAAGAUGACCAUCGAGCCCCCCCGUGGGGUCAAGGCCAACCUGCUCAAGUCCUACAUUAGUUUCAGUGAUGACUACUUGAAUUCUUGCUCCAAGGUCACAGAGUUUAAAUCUUUGCUGCUGUCCCUUUGCUUCUUCCAUGGGAACAUGCUGGAGAGGAGAAAGUUUGGGCCUCUGGGGUUCAACAUCCCCUAUGAGUUCACAGAYGGAGACCUGCGCAUCUGCAUCAGUCAGCUGCAUAUGUUCUUGAACGAAUAUGCAGACAUUCCUUACAAGGUUCUGAAAUACACAGCUGGGGAGAUCAACUAYGGCGGCCGUGUGACUGACGACUGGGACCGGCGCUGCAUCAUGAGCAUUUUGGAAGAUUUCUACAAACCUGAGGUUUUAAGUCCUGACUUUGCCUAUUCCGAAUCAGGUGUCUACAAGCAGAUCAGUACKGCUUCUGACCUCAGUGGUUACCUCCAAUAUGUCAAGAGCCUGCCUCUCAAUGACAGCCCGGAGCUCUUUGGUUUACACGACAAUGCCGACAUCACCUUCGCCCAGAACGAGACCUUUGCUCUGCUGGGGGCCUUAUCACAGCUGCAGCCCAAGACCAUCACGCUGGGAGGCCGCAGCAGGGAAGAGAUCGUGGAGGAGACCUCUAAGGACAUCCUGGCAAAGCUGCCUGAGCCCAUGGAUGUGCAGGAGGUGAUCCACAAAUACCCGUUGCUYUAUGAAGAAUCCAUGAACACAGUGCUGGUGCAGGAGGUGAUCAGGUACAACAAGCUCCUGGAGGAGGUUGCUCAAACUCUAAAGGAUUUGCUGAAAGCUCUGAAGGGCCUGGUGGUGAUGUCCUCUCGGCUGGAGCUGAUGGCCAGCAGUUUGUACAACAAYACUGUUCCUGAACUCUGGAAUGCCAAGGCCUAUCCAUCAUUGAAGCCAUUGGCAUCGUGGGUGAACGACUUGGUGCAGCGGAUUGAAUUCCUGCAGAACUGGAUCCGCCGUGGGAUCCCCUCUGUGUUCUGGAUCAGCGGUUUCUUCUUCCCCCAGGCCUUCCUCACYGGGACACUGCAGAACUUUGCCAGGAAGUCAGUCAUUUCCAUCGACACCAUCUCAUUUAGUUUCCAGGUCAUGAAGGAGUCGGUGAAGGAGCUCASGGAGCAGCCUAAAGUGGGCUGCUACAUCCACGGCUUGUUCCUGGAGGGCGCCCGCUGGGACGCYGCUGCGGGUAAGCUGGCGGAGUCACGCCCCAAGGAGCUCUACACAGAGAUGGCUGUCAUCUGGCUGGUGCCUGUCCCCAACCGCAAGCCUCCGGAAUCCGGCUCCUACCUSUGCCCCAUCUACAAGACUCUCACUCGUGCAGGCACAUUGUCAACMACGGGCCACUCCACCAACUAUGUGAUUGCUGUGGAGAUCCCUACAGACAAACCAGAGAAGCAYUGGAUCAAACGAGGCACAGCCUUGAUCUGUGCCCUGGACUUCUAGCCAGGAAAUCCAGCCAGCCAGCCCAGGAACCCACUGCAGGUGAGGGCCUGAACCAGGCUGCUGUCCCCUGUCCUCCUGUUGAGGUGAGUCCUGCCCUUCUCAUGUUGAGGUGUGUCAAUAAAUUGAG